CCAUCCACACACAACAUAUCGCAACCAUGCCUCCAAAGAACAAAGGAGGCGCUAAAGCCAAAGCGCCCGAACCAAAGCAAGAAGCUCCGACAAAACCGCAGACCAUCAGAGAGCUCGAGUGGCAGUGGUACUACGAGACGAACCCUUACCAAAAGUCCUUGGAACAGCUCGGUCUCCAUGGCAUGACCCCAGUUGAUCGACAAGCUUACCUGAACCAAGAAUAUCUAAAACCGGGCGUCGCCAAGACCCUCUCCAACAAAGCCCAAAAGGAACUGUGGAAGCAGUUGAACGAGGCCAACGUUCCCUUGCGUAACUUACCCCGGCCGCGCGAUCACCAGUGGGGCCGCGACAAGUACGGUCGUGACAUCGGCGACUAUACCGUUGAGGAAUAUGAAGCUAGAGAGGCGAAGAAGGCUAAGCUUUUAUUGCUGCUAGACGACAGCUCGGCUUUCAAGGUCAGGCGCGCGAAGGCCAACAAAAACAACCCGAAUCUCGAGAAUACAUACACGUACACCGAGGAGGACGUGGAGGCUGAAAGGGCUAGGCGGGAAGAAAUGUCGCAACUACAGCAGGACUUAUACGGCACCAAGAUGGAUCCGUACGAGCUGGAUCCAGAUUGGGAUGACGUCGUACCGAUACCCCAGAUCGAGCCCGAAGGAGCGCUUGCAACUAUUGCGUAUCCGGAUGAAUAUGCCGAAUCUAUGUCGUACCUCCGCGCCGUUAUGGCAGCCAAAGAAUAUUCGCCGCGUUGUCUUAGACUGACCGAGCGCAUCAUAUCCCUAAAUCCGGCACACUAUACCGUCUGGCUCUACCGAUUCUCCAUCGUGCAAGCCCUCAACAUAUCCAUCCCAGACGAGAUCGAAUGGCUCAACGAAAUCUCGCUUGCACACAUCAAGAACUACCAGAUCUGGAACCAUCGCCAACAACUUAUAGAACACUACUACCCGGCCAUAGUGACGGUACCUUCGGAAGUAAGCGCGCUGGCCGAAAGCGAGCGGCACUUCCUGGAGCAGAUGCUUCAGCUGGAUACGAAGAACUACCACGUGUGGAGCUAUCGGCAGUAUAUAGUGCGCAAGCUGGGGACGUGGAACGACGCCGAGCGGCAGAGCAUAGAGACCAUGAUCCACGAGGACGUGCGGAAUAACUCGGCCUGGUCGCACCGCUUCUUCCUCGUGUUCUCAGACCCAUCGUACGCGACGCCCAACUCGCACGCCACGGAGCACGACCCGAAGAUCCCGGAUGCUAUCGUCGACCGCGAGAUCGGCUACGCGGAGCAGAAGAUCCUGCUCGCGCCGCAGAACCAGAGCCCCUGGAACUACCUCCGAGGCGUGCUGGUCAAGGGAGGGCGGAAACUAGGGUCCGUAAGAGAGUUUGCGGAACAGUUUGCGAAGAAUGUGGGCGACGCGGAAGGGGAAGAGGUGCGGAGCUCGCACGCCCUGGACCUGCUGGCGGGUAUAUACGAGGAGGCCGGGGAGCUGGAUAGAGCGGACCUGGUGCUGAGGCGGCUGGGGGAUAAGUGGGAUCGGAUCCGUCGCGGGUACUGGGAGUAUAGACGGAAGUUGCUGAAGGCGAAUUAGGACUAAGCCCUGGGAAAGGCAUGGUUAGUCUGCCUCAGACUAUAUCGCUGGAACAUGUGAUGGGGUCUAGCGAAGAAGAUUGGGAGCGGGUGGGGUGAAGAAGAGAAAAGAAGAGCAGGAGUCGAGGUUGAUAUCCUCCUUAUAGCGGGUUAGGUAGAUUUAUCGUAGAAUUACCCAACCUAAGGUAUAUUUAUCUGCUUAAGAAGGGUCGUUGCGAUGCAUUUAAAUCUUAGGUACGAUUAGAGGACGUUGUUUUUACAAAAAAGUAUUUAAAGACUGGUGAUAGAGUGGAGGUCAUGGGUAAUUGGUAUUAUAUAUAUAUAGGUACCUAAUAUAUAUAACUCGACUUUUAUUCCAUUGGAGUCCAUAUAGGUUUAGGGGUUUGUGUCCCCUUUUUGUUAUUUUUUUGGCCUUGUAAGUCGGAUAUAAAUCUGAUUUACCAUCGACUACCUAACUACCACGUAUAUGUAAUAGGAAUAUUAGGUACUAAUCGUUAAGAGGCAAAGUGUUAUUA